CGAUUCCUCCCCCUUCAACCUCCCCAAUAUCUUUGCAGGUUCCUGGUUUCCUCCCCUUUGUCCUCCCUGACUAGAUUUGGGUCUCAGAAGCUCAGGUCCCCUCUGCACUGAGGAACCCACAAACCAAACUCAUGCCCGAAAAGCCAAAACGGCGACCCAGGAUGCCUGCGCACUCCUUGGGCGCAGUGACACUCCCAGAAGUCUCCGGGGUGUGACCAAGCGCAGGCUGUGAAGAAUCAAGACGAAUUUCAAACGACCCAUCCACCGCUUUUCCUGCUCCCUAACUACAUUUCCCAUAAGGCUCGCCUGUGCAAAUUAUCUCCCUUUGCGGACUAGUUCUUUUCUUCCAGAGCCUGUUCAACUCCAGGGGAUAGUAGGGCGGGUCCGGAAAGUCCAUUUUCAAACGCUUCAGAGUGAGCUUCUUUGGGAGUCACGGCCCGAGGCUGAGCCAGGCUCCGUGAGGCCUCCGAUGCGCGGUUUGAUGACGGAAUGCAAUCCUUUCGGCUGGGUCGCAGCUGAGCUCUGACAGGAAUCCGGGCGGCCGGCGGUCAUCUUGCUCACCACUGGGACGUCUCUGACUACACUUCCCAGAGGACUUAUCGGCAAGAACGUUAUUCUCGCUUGAAUUCAGCCUCAUAGUCACGCGCUGGCGGGACCCUCAGGUCUGCACGGGUGACUGUUCCAGUCCUGUGGAAGGUUGUGCUGCUUUGGAAGCUUGGAAGACCUGAAGGGCGGAACCAGAGGAGAGGGCGGGACAGGAGCCUCGGCUUUGUACCGCUGAGGGGCUCUGCCUUUUUCCAGAAGAGGAACCCAGAGGAAGACUGGUCCUUUUCUGCAAAUAUCAAAGCCAUGGCUCAGGAGUCAGUGAUGUUCAGUGAUGUGUCCAUAGACUUCUCUCAGGAGGAGUGGGAGUACCUGAAUGAUGAUCAGAGAGAUUUAUACAGAGAGGUGAUGUUGGAGAAUUACAGCAACCUGGUUUCAAUGGGACAUUCUAUUUCUAAACCAGAUGUGAUCUCCUUCUUGGAGCAAGGGAAGGAACCCUGGUUGGUUGACAGAGAACUAACAAGAGACCAGUGGCCAGUCCUGGAGUCAAGAUGUGAGACCAAGAAAUUAUUUCUGAAGAAGGAAAUUUAUGAAAUAGAGUCAGCCCAGUGGGAGAUAAUGGAAAGACUUACAAGACAUGACCUUCAGUGCUCUAGUUUCAGAGAUGAUUGGGAAUGUAAUGGCCAGUUUGAGAAACAACAUGGCUCUCAGGAGGGACAUUUCAGUCAACUGAUAUUCACCCAUGAAGGCAUGCCCACUUUUAGUCAACAUCCAUCCUUUACAUUACAGCAAAUCAUUAGUAAUAAAGAGAAAUACUGUGCAACUAAGGAAUAUAGGAAAACCUUUAGACAUGACUCACAGCUUACCACCCAUCAGAUAAUUCAUACUGUUGAGAAACCCUAUGAAUGUAAGGAAUGUGGAAAGGCCUUUAGACAUCCCUCAAGACUCAGUCAUCAUCAGAAAAUUCAUACUGGCAAGAAACCCUUUGAAUGUAAGGAAUGUGGAAAAACCUUUAUUUGUGGCUCAGACCUUACUCGACAUCACCGAAUUCACACUGGUGAGAAACCCUAUGAAUGUAAGGAAUGUGGAAAGGCCUUUAGUAGUGGCUCCAACUUCACUCGACAUCAGAGAAUUCACACUGGUGAAAAGCCCUAUGAAUGUAAAGAAUGUGGGAAGGCCUUUAGUAGUGGCUCAAACUUUACUCAACAUCAGAGAAUUCAUACAGGGGAGAAACCCUAUGAAUGUAAGGAAUGUGGCAAUGCCUUUAGUCAGAGCUCACAACUUAUUAAACAUCAGAGAAUCCACACAGGUGAGAAACCCUAUGAAUGUAAGGAAUGUGAAAAGGCUUUUCGUUCUGGUUCAGACCUUACUCGACAUCAGAGAAUUCAUACUGGUGAGAAGCCCUAUGAAUGUAAGAUAUGUGGGAAAGCCUAUUCUCAGAGUUCACAACUUAUUAGUCAUCAUAGAAUUCAUACUAGUGAGAAACCCUAUGAAUAUAGGGAAUGUGGGAAGACCUUUAAUUAUGACUCACAGCUGAUUCAACAUCAAAAUUUAAUUCAUACUGGUGAGAAACCUUAUGAAUGUAAGGAGUGUGGGAUGGCCUUUAGACAGACGGCACAUCUUACUCGACAUCAGAGACUUCAUUCUGGUGAAAAACUCUAUGAAUGUAAGGAAUGUGGAGAAUCUUUCAUAUGUGGCCCAGACCUUAGAGUACAUCAAAAAAUUCAUAUUGGUGAGAAACCCUAUGAAUGUAAAGAAUGUGGGAAAGCCUUCAGAGUUCGUGGACAACUUACUCUACAUCAGAGGAUUCAUACUGGUGAGAAACCCUAUGUAUGUACAGAAUGUGGGAAGGCCUUUAGACAGUAUGCACACCUUACUCGACAUCAGAAGCUUAAUAUUGCUGACAAACUCUAUGAAUGUAAAGAAUGUGGGAAGGCCUUUUUGUGUGGCUCUGGCCUUAGGGUACAUCACAAACUUCAUACGGGUGAGAAACCCUAUGAAUGUAAAGAAUGUGGGAAGGCCUUUAGAGUACGACAGCAACUGACACUCCACCAGAGAAUUCAUACUGGUGAGAAACCCUAUGAAUGUAAGGAAUGUGGAAAGACUUUUAGUCGUGGUUAUCAUCUUAUUCUACAUCACAGAAUUCAUACUGGUGAGAAACCUUAUGAAUGUAAGGAAUGCUGGAAGGCCUUUAGUCGUUACUCACAACUUAUUUCACACCAGAGUAUUCAUAUUGGUGUUAAACCCUAUGACUGUAAGGAAUGUGGUAAGGCCUUUAGACUACUCUCACAACUUACACAACAUCAGAGUAUUCAUAUUGGUGAGAAACCGUAUAAAUGUAAGGAAUGCGGGAAGGCCUUUAGAUUGCGCCAAAAACUUACUCUACAUCAGAGCAUUCAUACUGGUGAAAAACCCUUUGAAUGUAAGGAAUGUAGGAAGGCCUUUAGGCUUAAUUCAUCUCUUAUUCAGCAUCUGAGAAUUCAUUCUGGUGAGAAACCCUAUGAAUGUAAGGAAUGUAAGAAGGCCUUUAGACAACAUUCACACCUUACCCAUCAUCUGAAAAUUCAUAAUUAUCAGAGAAUUCAUAACGGAGAAAAGUUAUAUGAAUGUAAGGAAUGUAGGAAGACCUUUAUUCGUCGCUCAACACUUAGUCAACACCUGAGAAUUCAUACUGGUGAAAAACCUUACAAAUGUAAAGAAUGUGGGCAGGCCUUUAGACAGCGUGCACACCUUAUUAGACAUCACAAACUUCAUACUGGUGAGAAACCCUAUGAAUGUAAGGAAUGUGGGAAGGCCUUUACAGUCCUCCAAGAACUUACUCAACAUCAGAGACUUCAUACUGGUGAAAAGCCCUAUGAAUGUAAGGAAUGUGGGAAGGCCUUUAGAGUACAUCAGCAGCUUGCUCGACAUCAGAGAAUUCACACUGGUGAGAAGCCCUAUGAAUGUAAGGCAUGUGGGAAGACUUUUAGGCAGUGUACACACCUUACUCGACAUCAGAGACUUCAUACUUCUGAGAAGCUCUAUGAAUGUAAGGAAUGUGGGAAGGCCUUCGUAUGUGGUCCAGACCUUAGAAUACAUCAGAAAAUUCAUUUUGGGGAGAAACCUUAUGAAUGUAAGGAGUGUGGAAAGGCUUUUAGAAUAUGCCAACAGCUUACUGUCCAUCAGAGUAUUCAUACUGGUGAGAAACCCUAUGAAUGUAAAGAGUGUGGGAAGACUUUUAGAUUAAGGCAACAACUUGUUCGCCAUCAGAGAAUUCAUACUCGUGAGAAACCCUAUGAAUGUAUGGAAUGUUGGAAGACCUUUAGUAGUUACUCACAACUUAUUUCCCAUCAGAGCAUUCAUAUUGGUGAGAGACCUUAUGAAUGUGAAGAAUGUGGGAAGGCCUUUAGACUACUCUCACAACUUACUCAACAUCAGAGUAUUCAUACUGGUGAGAAACCUUAUGAAUGUAAGGAAUGUAGAAAGCCUUUUAGAUUGUUCUCACAACUUACUCAACAUCAGAGUAUUCAUACUGGAGAGAAACCUUAUGAAUGUAAGGAAUGUGGUAAAGCUUUUAGACUUUAUUCUUUUCUUACUCAACACCAGAGAAUUCAUACUGGUGAGAAACCCUACAAAUGUAAGGAAUGUAAGAAGGCCUUUAGACAACAUUCACACCUUACUCAGCAUCAGAAAAUUCAUAAUGGAAUUUAAUACAAGAAGGCUUUCAAAUGUACAUGUUACAGAACAUCAGAAAAUUCAUUUUUGAGAAAAUUUGUUUCAUGCUCAUAACUAAGCAUUAAAAAGUUUAUAUUUCAGAAAAAAUUGUUGCUUUAAAACCUUCCACCACCAUUCAGACAUUGUAUAUCUUCAGCAAAUUUAUAUGAGGAAAUAAUAUAAUGAAUGCAGGAAAAUC